AUGUCUGAGAAAGACAGUGGUGAAAAUCUGACAGAAGAAAUAUCUUACAAAGAUGAAAACAAACAGGAAGCAGAGGAAUUUGGCUGCACUAAAAACAAUGAAGAGAGAGAGCAAGAGCUUGAGCCUGUGCCUAUGACUCGGAAAAGACCUGAGCCCAAACCCCCAAGCCAGCCUUCUGCCACAGAAAAGCCUCCAGCUGAAACCCUCAAGGUCUCGGAUACUCCUGCUGCAGUUCAGACAGGAUGGGGGUACUGGGGAAGCUGGGGGAAAUCUCUUCUGUCAACUGCGUCUGCUACCGUAGCUACUGUAGGUCAAGGAAUUUCAAAUGUCAUAGAAAAAGCAGAGACAACCCUUGGGAUCCCCAGUCCUAGUGAAAUCUCUUCAGAGACUAGAGAUGCUACAAGAGGAAGCGAGAAUCCUGAUGCUAGCAGCACAGAUGCAGUUGAUGAUGGCAGUUCCUUUCCUAUUGCUGGGGCUCUUGGAGUUUUAUCAACAAUCUCUACUGCUGUCCAAAGCACAGGAAAAAGUGUUAUUAGUGGGGGUCUGGAUGCCUUGGAAUUCAUCGGGAAGAAGACAAUGGAUGUAAUUGCUGAGGGAGACCCUGGAUUCAAAAAAACAAAGGGCCUAAUGAACAGAAACUCUACGUUAUCUCAGGUCUUACGAGAGGCAAAGGAGAAAGAAGAGCAGCAGACAGCUACUGAGGUUACCAUGGCUACGGAGAAGAAAGCCCAUUAUGGGUUACUGUUUGAUGAGUUUCAGGGUCUUUCGCAUCUGGAGGCCUUAGAGAUGCUUUCCAGAGAGAGUGAAUCAAAGGUGAAAUCGGUUCUAAAUGCCCUCUCUGGAGAAGAGUUGGACACACUGCAGGAGGAAAUGGAACAACUCAAAGAAGCGUUUUCUUUACCUGAGUUCUUUGAGGAAGAGGAGGAAGAAAAGAAGGGAGACGAGGAGUUCACAAAAGAAGUAACAGAGUUGUUUUCAGAAUUGCGCAUCUCCUCAAAGCCGGACAAACUGAUCAUGGUGAGGACGUCUGCUCAUGAAUGGAUAGCACAAUUCAACAGUGGUCUUCCUAAAGAAGAAAGAGAGAGUGAAGAAAACCAAGAAGUAGAAUCCAGAGAUGGUGACCAUGAUGCUAAGAAAUCCGUAGAGGAUAUUCAUGCAUUUGCCAUAAGAAGCCUGGCUGAACUGACAGCGUGCUCCAUUGAGAUGUUUCACAAAACUGCAGCUUUGUUUCUACAUGGUCAGAAACAUGAAGUGACAGCCACAGACAGAGCCAAGUCCCUUUCACAAAUGACAAUUGUGCUGUGUAAAGAACUGUCAGCUUUCUCUAAAGAGUUUACUACGUGCUUAACAACUGCAGGGGUCAAAGAGAAAGCAGAUGUGCUUAAUCCCUUAAUCACUGGAGUGUUUUUGGAGGCUUCAAACAGUGCUUCGUAUAUCCAAGAUGCCUUCCAGCUCUUGCUGCCUGUGCUGCAGAUCUCUCUUAUUGAGGCUAGAACGGAACUAUCGUAGCAAUAAAAAUCCUUCUAAU